AUGGAGAGACGUGUAGGCUGUUCACAUGUAAGUGAUGAACAUGAGAAACUUCUCAAUGGUUUUACUGUAGUGAUAAAUUUCUUAUCAUCUCAUGUCCGCUACAUCACGAUGAGUUUAACAAAUUCCAAGAACUUUAUCAGUCCAUCGACAGAAAUAGAAGAAAAAAAGCAGAGCAAACACGCAAUCUAA